AUGUCGCUGGCAAGCCUACCCUUUAUCUCCGCCCUUCCGGCACCGAUUCAUCGCAUCUCAACUCAGUCCCUGUCUCUCUGUCCCUGUUUGGUUAAGUUGUCUCUUGAGAAAUGUCCCUGUCUCUCUGUUACCUGUCUCUCUCAAGACCUGACGUCCCUGUCUGUGUCAUGUCUCUAUGUCCCCCAAUUCUUUGUCCAUGUUUUCUGUCCCUCUCUCUGUCCCCAUAAUUUUCUGUCUGAAAUCUGUCUCUCUCUGUCCCUGUCUCUCUCUGUCCCUGUCUCUCUGUUCCUGUCUCUCUGUCUCUCAGUCCCUCUCUCUCUGUCCUGUCUCUCUCUGUCCCUGUCUCUCUGUCCCUGUCUCUCUCUCCCUGUAUGUUUCUCUGUCCCUAUCUCUUUGUCCCUGUCUCUCAGUCCCUCUCUCUCUCUGUCCCUUCUCACAAUAAGUCCCUGUCUCUCUCUGUCCCCGUCUCUCUGUCCCUGUCUCUCUGUCCCUGUCUCUCAGUCCCUGUCUCUCUCUGUCCCUGUCUCUCUGUCCCUGUCUCUCUCUGUCCCUGUCUCUCUGUCCCUGUCUCUCUGUCCCCGUAACAUGUCCCUGUCUUUUUUCCCUGUUAAAAAAGAAAUCGUCUGUCUGUCCUGUCUCUCUCUGUUUGGAAAGUCUUUCAGUCCCAACACGUCUACGGAUGUUCCUGUCUCACUGUCCCUGUCAAAACUGUUUCCUUAUAAAUACAGGGUGUCUAUAAAAUUUUUCUAUUCAUUAUUUAUUUAUCUAUCUAACCUAAAUCUGUCUAUCUUCAUAUAUUCAUAUCUAUCUAUCUAUCUAUCUAUAUCUAUUUUUUAA